AAAAUUAUUCAUGGAUUAAUUAGUGUUGCUCAUUAACAAUUUCAAUGAUCUUGAUGAUCUAAUAUUCUCAUUCUCUGCUUUCACUUGAGUUUCUGGCAAAAAGGAGGGGGAAGAGAGAUAAAUAAGCUGGUGGCAAGCAAAAACAAUAUCAGAGGAUAUAAUUUUUGUUUUCCUUUGUUCAAGCCAACCGUUUUAAAACUGGUAACAAUUUUAUCCUUUAAUUAAUUACCUAACUGGCGCUUAAUCUGUUCUGUCUUAAGUAAUCCAAUUUAUAAACCGACCACAAGUGAAAAGGAAACAAUGUUUUCACAGCUGUUGCUGCCAUUAACAAUCUUUUGUGUCUCCAUCGGUCUUCAACGGGUCAAUUGUGCUAACUUAUGGCCUCAACCACAAAUCUUAAAUCAAGAUGCCACUUUUUACACUCUGGACCCUUCAUCAUUUAAGCUGAUUUUAGCCAAAGAGCGUGUUGGAUGUGAAAUAUUAGAGAAAGCGAUUGAACGUUACAGUAAGCUGCUCUUCCUCUCAGAUUGUUCACGGCUUAAUACUGAUUGUGAUGGUAAAAAGCUGCCAACUGAACCAGUUGAAGAUAUCACAAAUGAUCCAAAUUAUGGUGGACAAUUGUUCAAUUUAAGCAUUGAUACCAACUCUUGUGAAAAAUUCAUUACCUCUGAAAGUUUUGAGAUUUAUACUUUAAGGGUGAGAACAGCUGACUAUCCUGAGGAUGCUGCCCUGUUCGCUCCAUUUUGGGGCAUCUUACGAGGUUUGGAAACAUUCAGUCAGCUGGUUACAAGGUACAAAGGCAAUUGGAUAAUUAAUUCAACCUUUAUUGUUGACUAUCCAAGAUUCACAUUUCGAGGUGUUCUUUUGGAUACUUCUCGUCAUUAUAUUCCCGUUCAUCUUCUCCUUCAAAAUCUCGAUGCCAUGGCCUACAAUAAAAUGAAUGUCUUCCAUUGGCAUAUAGUAGAUGAUCAAUCGUUUCCCUUUGUAAGCUCAACUUUCCCUAAACUAAGUGCUGCUGGUGCUUUUCGACCAACUCAUAUUUAUACCCCAGAAGACGUAAGCACUGUUCUUGAGUAUGCUCGAGUCAGAGGUAUCCGAGUUAUUGCUGAAUUUGAUACUCCUGGUCACACUUUAGCUUGGGGUAAAGGUAUUCCUGGAUUAUUGACUCAGUGUUAUAAAGCAGGUAAACCUGUUAAGGGUUCUUAUGGUCCUAUUGAUCCAUCUCAAAAUAGCACUUACACUUUUCUAAAAUCUCUUUUCGCUGAGAUCGCCAAAACUUUCCCUGACGACUUUGUUCAUCUUGGUGGAGAUGAAGUCGAUUUCUCAUGUUGGCAAUCUAAUCCUGAUAUCAAUUCAUUCAUGGAAUCACAGGGUAUUACUGGAGACUAUGCAGCCUUGGAAAGCUUUUAUUUACAAAAGCUUGUUAAUAUUAUGGAUACUUUAAAGAAAAAUUAUAUUGUAUGGCAAGAAGUCUUUGAUAAUGGAGUUAAGUUACGCUCUGAUGCUGUUGUCCAUGUCUGGAAAAGUGGAGAUUAUCAAUCAGAAUUAUCAAAAGUCGUUGCUGGCGGGUAUCGAACCAUUCUAUCAUCUCCUUGGUACCUUAAUUAUAUUUCAUAUGGAUCAGAUUGGCAGACUUAUUACAAGGUAGAACCACUUCAUUUCAAUGUAACUUCACAUGGUGAAUAUGAUUUAGUUAUUGGUGGCGAAGCUUGUAUGUGGGGUGAAUGGGUUGAUGGCAAUAAUGUUAUCUCAAGAACAUGGGUUCGAGCUUCAGCAGUAGCAGAGAGACUUUGGAGUGCCAAAGAUGUGACUUCGAUUACAUCAGCGAUACCACGAUUGGAUGACCAGAGAUGUCGAAUGCUUAAACGAGGAAUACGGGUUGGACCUGUUCAAGGACCAGGCUCAUGCGAAUGUGACAUUUGCGUUUAAUUUUUUUCUCCAACUUGCAAUAUACUCAAUUUGAUACAAGAAAAUUGUUAUUUUAACGCUAUUUCAUUGAAAUUUUUCAAUAAAUAAUUUAUAAACGAUUUCAA